GUAUUCCUCAAACUCAAAUCCAAAAUGAUCGCUGAUUGUUGCGUUUUCAAACUUCUCCGGCGUAGUGGGGAGGGAAAAUCAUUGAUGCGUUUUCAGAGUGAAAACAACGUUUUCAAAUUUCUCCGGCGCCGCCGCUGACGAACUUGAAAAAUUCAUUUUCGGAAUUUUUUCGAGGUGACGUAAUUACAGUCUCUGUGCUUUGUCUUCUUCAUUUUACAACAACACCGAUGAAAAGUUUUAUUUUACUUUUUUUUUUCAUUCCAUGGUUUAAUUAGUUACAGAUAGUAAAAAGGAACUGAGAAGAAAUUAAGAUAAGCACAGGCUGUCAGCCGAAAGAUAACCUUAUUAUAUAGAAGAGUAAAUGAAAUGUUACCAGAACAGCAAACGGAUACAACCUUGAGAUUCCUAGGGUUCUUGUUCUUUUUCCUCUCUUAUUUUUACACACCGACAUCAAUAUACCAGCAUAUUACACAUCAACAAAUAGGCAAACAAAAAUAAGGUCGCUGAUCACCUUAAACAGCCAGUUCUUAGAUCUUAAUAGUACUCGGUACGUUUUGUCGUGAUUUCUGUUGAAUCUCAGUUUCUUGAAACGACACACCCCCUGAACUGUUUACUUUAGUAUUGAAGUUCUCAGUAGUCGUACACUUGUGGCAGUUUCUCGCAAACCAACUCCAGCUAACGAACAGUUCAAACAAGAUUUGUAAUUCGGCGAAGAAAUUCCCCACUCAGUCAAACAGCUAUCUACCAUACGUUACUUGAUAACGGCGAUUAUCUGAAUGCAUGAAACUAAGCAUUUCAGCUUAUUGCCAGUGUAGCAAAAUGCAUCAAACUACUGCUCUGCUUUCUACUCUCGAGAUCAAAGGAUCAACCUUAAAAAUAGUUGCUGGGAAGCAUUCAAUUAUCGGAUUAUACUAAUUGAAUUGCAACUGUGCAGUUAUCAGUUGAAAACGAGAAACAUCACGGGGAGGGAGAGCUGGUGUCCUUUUCAUGAAAAAAAGUAAUAAUUUAAUUAAAAGUUCUAUUUUUUCCUUCUGUUUAUCAUUGUGAGAAGAGGAUUCUGUUUAAACACAAGUUACACUGAUAUAAAUAGUCCUUAAGUUUUAGAAUAAGUUAUUUUUGGUGACUUUAUUAAGCGUUUUUUUGACACGCUUGUUGAACUUCAUGUAAAGUCAAAGGACUCUGUUUACCUGUCCUGGAAAAUGCGAAAUAUUCUGUGACUGUCGCCACCUAAGAACUUAUGAAAUAAGUCUUUAUUUGCCUUGCAUUCCUUACAACUGUUUACAUACUAGUGUUUGUUGUUUGAACCAAAUUGGCUAGGAAAUAUCCGUGGAACAUUGUGGAAAAUACGAUGGCCUUCGUGAAAACUCGUGCAACCGACAUGGAACUAUCGUGAGCCAUCGAAGGACUUCUUGAAACCGUCGUAAAACAUCGUGGAAAAUAGGGUAGUCCUCGUGAAAACUCGCGCAACCUUUGUAAACACCCUGUAGUCUCGUGAAAACUCGUGCAACCGUCGUGGUCAUCGGGGAUUCAGUGCUCUAGAUUCCAAGUGGCUUCUUCACCGAAUGGUAUCCUUAUCAAACACGAACGAACAUUUUUGUGUAGCUAAGAGCAGACCCCUAGACUAGCAAAGUACUCCUUCAAAGGUCUUCAAGCCCGUUUCGAGGACUGAGCCAAGAGGAGCUUUCCCGAAAACCAAUAUUACCAAAAUGAAAUUUAUUCCUAAACCCAUUCUUAUCACAUUAAGCCAAAAAGUUCAAGGAUUCAAGUGGAAUAGAGAAUGAAACGGAAAUUAUUAGCAUGCUUACAGGGAGCAAACCUGUCCGAGAGGUUGAAAUAGUUAUGUGGAGUGUAACUAUUUAGCUCUUGGGCCAAUUUAUCAGCUUAAACAAUCUCAAAUUGCAUUUCGCGAAAUGUUGAAAACAAACCGUAUCGCAUAAAGGUACUACUCGAUAGGUUUCAUUUGAAUAGUAAAACUUCAAAGUGGAACUGAUUCACAGACUUAAAAAAAGUUGGAACGACAAGGUUUGAUAACACUGUAGGUUUGAGUGUAACAGAAAACUGGAGAACUGGCAUCUAGUAAACAGAAAUGUUUAUCAAGAUUACGAAAGAAGGUCAAACUCGGUAUUACUAGGAGGUUACAGGUUGAAUAUCGAAAAAGUUGGAACAUUUUCAGUUCACUAAAUUUCGCUAUGGUAUAGUAUCUUAGACGAGGGUCUCAUUUUUCAAUCGAACCGUAUAAAUGCCAGGAACAAGUCUUAAAUUUAGCAAUCUUAAAAUUCUCCCACGUUUUCAGAAUUUCAGCUAGACUGCCUUCUUUCCGUAUUCAAUCAGAGUAGAUUUCUUAUUUGCCAAGGUGAAGUGAAGAGUUGGCGGAACUGUCAUAUCUAUAACGCUGUUCAUAUUGAACGAAACACCUUAUUCAUGUAGUCAUUUUAUACUCUGACGAAGGCAGACAUAACGUUGCUGAAAAUUUAAUUAAUUUUACAUCAUUUUGUAGCUUUUUUUUAGGUCAAAUCCAGCAUUUUUUAAGGAUUUAAACACCUUCCUCUUCUCUUCUAUGUUUGAUAACCAAACACUUCACCGGUCGUGUUAAUGUAAGGAAUGUUGGUUUUAACUUUUUUUGCCAUAAUCUUCUCAAAAUCAAGGUUAACCUUUGCAUAUUGUUUAGACAAAUUGCCUUUUAUGUAUUCCCGACAGUUUCCUUCAGUCGUGCACGUGAAGUACAAACGUUGAGUAGGGGUCGUUAAUGGCGUUUUUGUGGUCCUUGGUUUUCUUUCGUUCUCUGAGUACAAGUGCACACAAUUGGUGGUUUUUGAAAAAGGCUAAGAGUAUACUACAGCAACGACAGCAACUAGCUUUACUUACCAUAAAGACAUACAGAGUAGCAAAAGCCUUUGUAAACUAAAACUAAAACUGUAAUGAUUAUCGUGAACAAAUAAUAAGGUUAUGAUAUAGCAAUCGAGUUACAUCGGUUUGAUUUGAAGGAAGGAUAUUGCGUUGACAAAAUGUGCUAUCAAAAUUAAAGGAUCUCUGUCUUAUCCAUUUAUUCAUUUGUUCAAAACAUGCUUGACUGGCGUACCUAAGAUGUUUUCAUGCAACAUUGGCUAAAUAAUGAGACAACGAAUCGAUUACGAGUGUUUGUCUGGACAUAGGAGAGCUGCAGAUAUUGUACUCACUUUCGGACUUUGUAACGCGGCCCGAACAUUCCAAAGAUUUGACACAUUUUCAAAUACUUUGAUGCUACCCUUACAAUAAUCCACUAAAAUUAAUGCCAUUCUGGAAGCCACUUUCCAGGAUUAAAAACUCACGACCAUGAAAGCUGUCUAGAAAUUCUGACGUGACGAUCAGUCAAGUAGAAGUUAAAUGCCGGCGUACUAUUUUGGUAAUGAGCAUAUUUUUUUGAGAUCCUACUUGAUUGGUGGCAAUUAGACGUCUUCAACUACUAAACCAAUUGGGACAGCCGGCCUAAUAUAACCGAGAUUAAUGUGUUUUUCGCGUGUCCGUUGGAAAUUAAGCCUUUUAAGGAACUGUUUGUUAAGUUCAAAAGUAUCAGAUUCCGAGCUCUUAAACUCGAGGGGGUGUGCCCAUUUGGAACAGAAUUGAUAGCAUUGGCAGUUUCCAAGGCUGUGGGUUAAAGAGUGAUUUAGUUUGUACUCAGAAAUCUUCCGGUCACGUCAUUUCAACAGGGCAGAAAUUCGUUUUAGAGAGGAGUUAAGCGGUUACGGAUUUUAUCCCUGAUCAAGACAACUUUACCAGCAGGAGACCAGAGAUGUUAGAACGAGGCCUGAGGGCUACUAUACAUGACUUAGAUGCGAAAACUACCUGAUCACUUUUAUGAUGCGAAGAACGUUUGAUCAAUACUUUUGAGUGAUCAGCAAGUCCGUGAAUCCAAAAAACACUAGCAGUUACUGAACAGCCGUUUCUAUAACAACGAACUAAGAAGCAAGAAGAAUGAGUAAAACCCCGUCUUUGCAGUGUCCGCUGCUUCGCAUUUCAAAGGUCUACUUUGCUCUCGUUAUUGUCAAUUGUGUUUGUGGAUGUCUUAUGGCUUGUGGUCCCGGGCCUGUACCUCGCCCGACUCGCAAGACUCCAAUGAAGUUUAAACAGAGAAUUCCUGAUGUAGACGAAGUGUCGAUCCAAGCAAGUGGAGAUUACGUAGGGCCAGUGGAAAGAGGAAGCGAGGCUUACGAAGACUUGGAGAAAAACUAUAAUCCCGAUAUUGUGUUCAAAAAAACCGACAACAACGAUGAUAACCGGAGAAUGACCAAGAACUGUAAGAAAAAACUCGACAUCCUUGCUUCCCUCGUGAAGAAAAAAUGGGGAGUAAGAUUACGAGUUAUUGAGGCUUACGACCUGGACAGAAGACCAAGACAUCACCAUGGAAUCCAUUCCUUGCACCACGAGGGACGCGCUGUGGACAUUGCUACAGAAGAUAGAGACAAGGAUAAAUAUCCUUUCCUAGGCAGGCUGGCCAUCAACGCUGGAUUUGACUGGGUGUUAUAUGCAACCAAAGGCUACAUCCACGCUUCUGUUAAAACGGCGGAAAAAGACGCAGAGGAAGGUAUGAGCUGCUUCCCUGAGGACGCUACUGUUCGCCUAGAAGGUGGGCGGACAAAAAAGAUGAAAGAAUUGCAAGUGGGAGACAAGGUGGCAGGAAUGGAUGUAACAGGGCGCAUUAUUUACAGUAGAGUAGUGACGUUUCUCGACAUCAAGCCUAACAGUUCUAAUACAUUUAUUACCAUCCGAACAAAGACUCCGGCGGCCGAAGUGGCAAUUACGGAAUCUCAUCUGAUCUAUCAACUAAACAAACAAGCGCAGCGGGAGACGGCCGUCUUCGCACGAGACCUGAAGGUUGGAGAUUUUGUUUAUGUUAGACACGGUACUGCUUUGGAGAAAUUCACAGCUGGACGCGUGGUUGGCAUUGAGUGGAGCCGAGGCAAGGGCGCGUAUGCCCCGCUCACGGAAACUGGAAACAUCGUAGUUAAUAACGUCCUUUGCUCAUGUUACGCUAUAAUUUCAGAUCAGAGAGUGGCUCAUUGGAGCUUUGCGCCACUGAGGUUUGCAGAAUGGUUGUUCCCGGGCAUUGCAGCCCAUAAUAGCUCGGGUGUGCAUUGGUAUGCACAAGCUCUGUAUAAAAUUUACACAAGUUGGAACUAUGUCACUGAGGAUAGAUUAUAAAACUUCCAGAUGCUGCUCCAAUGGUAGUUGCAUACCCGUGUUCUUAAUAAAGGCGGGCUCCAUGGAUUUGUUAGGACGACCGUAUUGUACAUGUGUCGCGUCAGUUUACAGAACUGCGAUUAAUUUUAUACCUACUUCAAGUAUAAUUUACAUGUUUGGCAGUACUUAUAUAAAUGACAAAAACAGCGAUCACUGAUCAAAAUGCUGUUGCAUUUUCAAAGAUGUACAAACCUCACUAGACAAUGGGUAAUGUCAAAUCGACGAUACAAGACUCGUUUAGCACAGAGCUCGUAAGAACGCCAGAAUCAAUUUCUUGGCUUUCAACUCAGGUAUUAAUUAAGAGAUUUUAUUGAAUAUGACUGAUAAAUACAAUGUUAAUUAGGCUAAUUAUGGUCUCUAACUGGCACCCUACGAGUGCCACUUAUCACCUUGUUACGUUAGUGAACCACGCUAGUGCCGGGAACGCAGCGGGACGCUCGCGUGUGACAUACACAAAGUGUGCCGUCAUGAAAACAUUCCAAGCCGUUAUAUUGGAGAAUCUUUAUAUUCGCUCACAAACUCACACAAAAACCAUUCCAGGCUUUUUUAACAGUCGGAGAAAAAUCAUUUAGAACAAGCAGAACCCAGAAAUUAGCUAUAGAGAAGGCGUAGGCUGCAAUUAACGAACCAUAAACUCUGCUGACAUAGUUGGCUUUUGUUUAAUGCUUUUCAGUUGCAAAGAACAAUUAAGUAGAAAUGCUUUUGUGCUACAGGUGAACUAUUUGGGUAGCUGUCACAAAAUUCAUAUGUCAAAAUGUGGAGGGAAAAAAUGGUUCUUUCAAGACCAAAAGACAUCGUUUUUUCUUUUCAGUCAGAGUGAUGGAUGGCUUAUCAAAAUACAGAAGCUAAAUUUAAAAAAAACGCAUAACGAUUAAAAUGAUUUAUCAGUGAAUGUUCUACAGAAUGACAUUUCAAGUACAAAAUAACAUAUUUUCAGAAACCACACAAAGCUGCACAACCUUAAGGCGGUUUGUUAGAUUAAACACCAUUUCUGAGAAAAAAAGAUUGUUAAUAGAAUUAUUGAUAAUGAAUCGGCGGUAUUCGAUUGAAGCAAUCCGAGCGUGAGAAAAAAUGCUUUGAAAGCUUAGUAGGAUUAAUCAGAAUAUCAAGCACAAAUGUUAAAUAUGUUGUUCCUAGCGAUAUAUUUCACGGUUUUGUUUUUUAUCUCACCGCGAGGUAAUGUCUUUGAUCCUGAUUGCAUGUUUUGAAGUUCCAAUAUCAAUGAUAAUCCUCCGACUAUACCGGGCCGCGUUAAAUAAACUUAUUAAAUGUAAGCAAUUAGCAAUAAUAUUCUCUGAUAUCGAUCUGACACUGCUUAGAUAUAACCCAUUUGCGGGAAAUAACGUGGAAAUUCCUGCUUAACCACAAAUGUUUCAGAGAUUUUAUACGGCUACAUUCCUUUCCGCGAAGCAUAGAAAUUCUUGGCAUUUUAUUUCACUCCCACAUGUGGCAUACAGCUGCAAAGCAUUCAAAAUUCAAGGAAUUCAAAACCAAACCUAUCGGCUCAUAAAUUCAGCAAUAAUCACGCAUAUUAAACUGCUUAUUUUGAUGGUCGUUCGGCAAAGUUUCGCGCGAUAAGCCAGUUCAAAACAGGAACAUGUUUUACCGGGUGGAACGCUCGGGAAAAUUUAUGCGCGGCUGGCAAGCGCGAGAAAACAUACAACUGGCGCUAAGCGCGGGAAAUUUGCAACCGGUGGUGAGUUAAUGUUGUUCCUGAUUGGCCAAGAAACAGAUGUCCUUUCCGAUUGGUUGGAUUUUGGCUGUUCUUUCUUGAAAAUCACCCAUGUAUGCCACACCCAACAAAGUGUUUUAGUGUCAGAGAAUCUAGAACUUAAAUAUAGUUUCAUAAACGAAGAUUUAAUAGCCUAAGAAACCCUUUCUUUUCGCUUCAGGCUUUGAGGAAAUAUGAAGCAAACCCUCGACUAAGUACUUGUGGAGAAAAUAUUUUCAUUUUGAAACUAUAUUUUUCGGUAGGGUAACAGAAAAUUGUUUCAGUUUUUUCCCGAAAAUUCUGAUCGUACUGUAAAGGAUGGAAGUAUUAAUGGGGUAUUAUCUUCGCAGGAACAAGCGGAACCAAAAUAAACGGUCUACCGGCGGAACUUAUUAAGAUGUUUUGCAUAAAUCCCAUUUCGAAUAUCUCAACGGAAAAAUGUGUUUUCUGAUAAAAAAAAAAACCGCGUCAUAAGGAAUUUCAUUGCAAGUUCCAUCCAAUUUGUUUGAAAGAGAUAAAUUACCAAGAACUUCCUCUGGAUGACGAACGUUUCUUCGAGCUUAAAAUAUCUGACUGCAGUGACACAGAUCCUAAUAUAAUUAAAAAUUUUUGCUCUUACCAUAAGCGUAAGUGCAACGAAACACAACAUGAAACUCGAAAACAGGUUUUUAGGAGGAUUAGGGUGGUGGCAACCGGUUUACAUCAAUCUCGUGAACUGUAAUUAAUUACCUGGUUCAAUUUUAAUAUGUCUUCCUUUAAACAUGAUUGAAAAAUUUUAUUCAAUAUUAUAUUGCUAUGAAUUAAGGAUAUUAAGUUUGUACAAAAGAAUUUACAGUUUUAACUAUUAUACUGUUUAAAAUUUUAAUACAAUUUGACUGUGAAAGGAACCUAACUGUUAGUCCAAGAGAAUAUAAGAAACAGUACUGGAAUAUGAGAAGUUCAGUGUUUUUUGUAAACAAUCAAGAGAAUACCGAGAGAUAGAUGAUACAUAUAUUUUAAAUUCUAGUUUCUUGAAGGUAUAGAGUUAUCCAACGUCAAUUAUAAUAACCUAUCGUUUUCUUGAUACCUAGCUUUGUACAUACUAUCUAGAUACUAUUUAUUCCCAUCUCUUCAGUACUGUAUACUGUGUAAUUUGUAUAGUGAUCAAUAGUAGAUUUCUUCCAACAAAAUCAAUACAUUUUCAAGUAGACAGGCGAUGAGAAUAAAGAUAUUCAUCAACUGGAACACAUUAUUUUCUCACAUCUCUGACCUUAAAACCGUGAGAGCCUGGAUAAGAAGUUAGAUUUCUGGUUUCUUUCAACCAGGCAGUUACCAAAGGGUGUUUCUGUGAUAAUAAUCGUUCUAUCAGUGAUCAAUUUGUUUAUUCUCAGAACCUGCAUACUUCCUUUUGUAUUGAUAUUGUAAGGAGAUUUUGACGCUGAUCAAUGUCAGGCAGAUUGUGUCGAAGGCGGAUGGGAUAGCUUUUGUUCAGCUGCCAUAUAUAUUGUUAAUUGAAGAAGUUCAUUUACGGCAUUUUGAGUUAUUUUGGUCGCGAUCAAAAUUGCGUAAUUAAAGGAAUCCUGAAAAUGAUAGCCUUCUAAGAGAUAAAAAUAAAUCAUAAAGGAACAAGGAUGGUUAAAGGUGGAGAAGAUUAACACGGACUUGAAAAAUUUAAGCUAAACUUUUCAAGGUGGGCAAACCGUGAGGUAGCUUCUUUAAGUUUUGGAGAUCUUUAUGACAAGAUUUAUUAAUGAGAUUGCUUAUAGCUUCUCAAAGAGUAAAGGUUGCGCUAUUUUAAAGGAUACCGCCAUUUACUAACAGGCCUAAUGGUUUAAAAAGCAGAAAGAAAAGAGAAAAAAAAUAAAACUCCGUGGGAAAGGCGUUUAGAAAUUUAGUUAUUCUUUUGACAAGAUUGACAAAAUAGCGUGAUUUUACUCGAUCUCUAAUGCAAUUUUUACGCCCAAACCUAGUUUAAAAUUACUUUGAAUUUUUUUUAGAGCUGAGUAGCUUCUAAUCUUAGCAGGAGGGAAGAUUCGUGGCAAAGGUUCGAAGACAGUUUGUAGCUGAUCUGGUAGAAUUGCUGACCAUCUGUGCAGAUUAACUGGAGCUUAGUUCAUGAGUAUGUGUUUACACUGUGUUGUAUUGUAUUAAAGAUGGCAAAAAAAAAAAAGGAAUUACUACAGGAAAACUUUGAUUUUAGAUGAUUUUGUACUAUACUGAGAGAAGAUUAAAAUUUAGUUGAUGAUUAAACCUCUUAUAAGAACCUA